UUAAUUUGAGAAACGUCUUUUUCAGUAAAUAGUUUAUGUCUAGCUAUGUUAUUUAGGGAAUCGGCUUUAUAAAAUUUAAUUUUUAAUUCUCGACUCGAAAUUCUCGACCAUUCUUCUUAAACGACAACCUGCAACGAAGAGAGUAAGGCACGAUGACUGUCAGGAAGAUGGAGCACGUAGCUCUGGGUGUUACAGCCAUUGCCGUGGUUGUGCUCUGUUCUUCGUUGAUGCAGUGCGCUGCAAUGCCCGCCCCACCGAGCGAUGCUGAGGGAGACAUCCGAUCUCUGGCCGCUGGAAAUACGGCCCCUCCCCCGAUAACUGAGGAGGAACUGCACCAAAUGCUGGAAGAGCUUCUCAUGGAAGCUUAUGGCGAUGAAUAUGAACCUCCAGCGUCAAAAACCACAAGCCCUACGGCCCCAGAGUCAAAAUCUUCUCCGUCGCCAAAAGUAAAGCCUGAUGCUUCGAAGUUUAAGUCCCCAGAUGCCGGAAAAUCUUCCACGGUUUCAACUAACCACCAGCGAGCAAAAUCUAUUUCUGGGUUUUUGGUAACAUCACCACGUCCACAGAGCUCCACAUUAUCUGUCUCACAAGUAACGGAAGGUUCAAGUUCAGUAAAACCACAGAGAGAUACGUUUACGUUACCACCCGUUUCACUACAUUCGGUUCAUUUUGACAAUGGACUAAAAAUUACUCAAGCUCCAAUUGUACAUGCAGAGACCCUCACAGCCGCCGAAUCGCAACUACAAAAAAUUGAAGCUGCACCUGUCUUUCAUAACCUUGAACGACCUGCAAGCUCAUCUUUGCCUGUAGCAGUGACAACUCAGCCUAUCAAACAAAAUUUAGAACUCCCAGCGGUCCUAUCUCUACCCGAGAAAACUAUGUCUCAGUCUAUCAAACAAAAUGUAAAACUUUCUGCAGUUCAAUCACAACCUGAGAAAGUUAUGUCUCAACAUAUCAAACAAAAUUUUGAACUCCCUGCGGUUCUGUCUCUACCUGAAGAAGAUAUGUUCAAGUCAACAACCAAAAUUUCUAAGUUGGCUACAAAUCCAAAAGCUCCUGCAGUAUCUCCAACAAUUGUACAAAGUUUAACGUCUGCAGAACUGAAAGGAGCAGUUCUAGUAGAACAAGAAGACCAGCCAAAUAUUCUAAUAGUGGAUAGAAGAACUAAAAAGAAAGAAGACAAAGAAUUGUUAGCCACCAAAAUGUUCGAAGACGCCGCACGCAACAGCAGGUCUCCGGCGGCAACGAACCAGCCUGCUCCCACGUCUGCCAUAGCUCUAGAACCUAUCUCUCUCGACGCGUUUGCUUCUUCCGAUUCGAAUUUAGACAGCACGACGUCUUCGUUAAUCCAAUCAGCGACUCUUAUUUCUCACAUCAAGUCUGAAGGGGACCAACCUUUCACAACUGUCACUGGUGCUCGAAGAAAAACAAAGUCUAAAUCCCGAAACGAAAAUAUUCCGACAACAUCACCGAAUGUCCUUCUUGUAUCGCAAGCACAAGUGACCGACGACAAACAAUCAUCCAAAUCCCAAUCAGCAUCCAACUCUCAAUCAUUAUCCAACUCCCAAUCGUCUGCCAACUCCCAAUCAUCAACUAACUCUCAAUCAUUACCCAAUUUCCAAUUAUCAGCCAACUCCCAAUCGUCGCCUAACUCCCAAGCAUUCUCCCACUCAUCAUUAACCUCGAAGCCGUCUUCCAACGUCGCAAACGUCGGAAAAUCACUCUUUGAUAACGAUGGUGAUCUCCUUGAGGCUACAAGGGCUUUUACUCUUCCCAAUCUGCAAACCGUCAUUAACCCGCCAUUCAGGACACCCGUUUUGGACGUUGACGAUGUUGAUGACGACGACCUUCUCCUUCUCCAGUUAUUGGGAUCUCGAAUGAAUCAAGCAGGAUUUAAAUCUGAACAGUCAAUCACUCCAGCCAUUAAACUCGGAUCUUCGUUAAACCUCGGGCCUCCAAGCUCCUUUAGAACUCCUCUCAACACCAACUCGAUUAGCACAAGUCCAGCUAGUGAGUCGAGAGCAUCUCCAAUUCCUGGAGUAUUCACAGACGAUAAUAAAAUUGUCAUUGACUUGGGAACCCUGGGAGGAGUAGGUGCACCUCUACCUCUGUUGAGUGGUACAGGAAAUAGGCAAGAAAACUUCUUCACGGUUAAAGAAAUUGGAUCAGGCCGCAACACUGCUCAGGCCAUUGCUUCCAACAGACCAACACCCACUUUGGUGACCGAAGCCGGUCAGCCAGUAGAUGCUCGAAUGACCGUCGGCGAUCUCAUCAGGUCUUUGGACGGUUUAAAUGGAAUCCAAGUUCUGUCAUUGUCUGACUUGAGAAAUCAGCAAAAACAAGCAGCCGUUUCAACGACUGGAACUACUAUCGCUGAGCGGCUUCGAGAUGCAAUGCUCUCAGGUACUCCCACGAAUGGUUUCCAAAAUGUCGGAGUUCCCUUACCCAGUGGGAACUUAGGAAAUGCAAACCAAGUAGGUAUCUCCUCUUCAGUCCAAGCUACCAGCGGAAGUGCAGGACGUCAAGCCGACCAAACGGCGACAGAUUCAUUGACGGCUGAUAGUAUUUUCGACAAUUUCUUUGACGAAUCUUCAGUUAAUUCAGGAGCGAGUAGUAAUGUUGGAGUUCCAUUGCCUACCGUGACUGAUAACGCGACUCCUGCUGAUACCACAAGCGAUUCGUUCUUGACAACCACUUCCGAUGACACAAAUGGUUUUCCUCUCGAGGACAAUACCAAUUUUGAUUUUGAAGAAUACGACGACGAUGUGAGUAGUCUUCCGGCUCAGCCCGAAAGUGUCUUCAGACGUGGAAUUUCUGAUAUUUUCUUCACAAAAGGCCAAUGGUUAGGAACGCUUUUUGGGGGCGUAAUAGAUGUUGGAUCAGCCGUUGGCGACAGCGUAAGUAAGCUCUUUAACAAGUCAGGUAGUGGAUCAAGCACAUAAGUAUGAAAAAAGGUAAAAUAUUAUUAUUUUAAUUAUAAACGAGUUGUACAUUUUCAUGUUAUUUAUUCAAGAACUUUGAUUCAGAUUCUUGAUUCUAUUCACUAAUACGUUUUCUUAGUUCCAGUAAAUUUAACUUUUGUUUCGGUCAAAUUGUAAAGUUUUGCGAUAAAAGACAAGAUCAUUGACCUCGUGGUCUCGUUUUUGAAUGGUGAAGACAAAACGUAGAAAUUUUAGAGUUGCUUAGCAGAAAAAAUACAAUAAUAACAAAAAUAA